AUAUAAGACAGGACAUUGUAGCAGGGUGCAACAGAUUCACAAGUUGGUCUAAAGCUUGAAGUACCUCAACUCAUUCCAUCUUCGUCCACGAAAACAACCAAUCACGAGGGAACAUGGUUAUGAUGAAGCUCUCUGCCCUCCUCAUGACCUAUUUCCUGGUCAUUUGUCAGAUGUACAGCUCACAUGCAGCUCCAGCCAGAACUGGUUUAGAGUCCAUGACAGACCAAGUCACGCUAACUGACUAUGAAGCCCGAAGGCUACUCAACGCCAUCGUCAAGGAGUUUGUUCAAAUGACUUCAGAGGAACUGGAGCAACAAGCCAAUGAAGGAAAUAGCGUUACAGCACAGAAGCGUGCGUGCAAUACUGCCACAUGUGUCACCCACCGCCUGGCUGACUUCCUGAACAGAUCAGGAGGAAUGGGCAACAGUAACUUCGUCCCCACCAACGUGGGCGCCAAGGCGUUCGGACGACGAAGGAGAGACAGCCCCAUGACAGCACCUAUGUGAAUGUGUCAACAGGCCUCAGGGAUUUGAGUAUGAGCCCUUUAGUGAGACAACAGUACAUCCUGUCCUGAACCAACUACAGACAUCUGGGAAUGACAACGCUUCACUGUUUAAAAAAAACAACCUUCAAACUACAGAACUGAUUUCCUGCAUACCUCUUGCAUACUCUGUGUUACCAAUAUUCAUUUUUGCUCUAUAACCAUGAGGAGAUUGCAACAAAAAUUAAAGAACUAACUUUUGUUAUGUCAAUUUUCACCAGAUCAUUACCCUGUACAAGCCAGUUGGUUCUGUCCCAUUUUGGCUUAGAGCACAUGUACAGUUUGACCCUGACUCCCCACCCCUCCUCGCUCCUGUGUCAGCAGCACACUGCAGGGGGGCGGAGACUACAUCAAGCUCCGCCCCCACAAGCUUCCCUGACCAUGGCUGUGUCUUGUGCCUUGAUGUUGACCACUUCUUUACGUUUCAUUAAUUGUACAGUAUGUUUAAAGAGUGAAAGGAAAAAGAUAGAAGAAUCUAAAUAUUGUAACAAUUGUGAAUCUAAGCAAGAUUAAAAUGUAUUUUAGAUACAUAUG